CAUUGUUUUGAUUUGUCCAUAGUCGGGUCUUGAAUAAAGCUUUUAGGUAUUUCUGUUAUGCUGAGUUAAAGUGACAAUGAUAUCUCUUUAUUCACAACCGUGGGGAAAGUUGAGAUAUAUUUGCUCAAACUGCCAAGUGUUCACCAGUCCCAGAUGUUUCUACAGUCAAGGGUUCGACAAAUACUCAGAUGUACAAAUGGAGAAAAUUAUCAAAGUUAUCAAUGAUUCCACAGCUGUAAUUUCAGACUAUGAUAUAAGCAAAGCAAAGCUGAAGAAAUUCUGCCAAUGGAGAAGCAACAAGGGCCAAAUUAACACAUUAUCCGACUUAGAACUAGUUGAAGGUUUCACAAAGAGAACUGCUAUAAAAUUGUAUGAUAGCAUACUUGAAGGUCCGGAGAAAAAGGAGAAGAGGAGUAAUAAAAUUAAGGGACAGAUUUUGCAUCCUGCUUUAAGUGAAAGGUUGAGACAGAAUUGUCAGUCCGUCCUGGCGGUGUACAUCAACGUGAACUCAGUUGUCUGGACCCUGAUCAACCGGAGUAACUACGCGGUGACUGAUUGGAGAUAUGACCCUAUCAAUUAUCCGGACGGGAAAAAACUUCAGAUCACUGAUAUUUAUGAUAUUGCAUCAUCCAUUACCCGUCGUCUGCCUCCAGCGGACAUGUACGUGAUGAAGGCUGAAGCCACGUCUCUCCGGGCCGCCGGCAGCGACCCUAACAAUGCUAAGGCUAUUGCUGUGAACCUGCAGAAGGCUCAGAUGAUCGCUAUGAUGGUGGCUAUGAUCAAUUCUAGUACGGUUAACUUUGAUGAUCAAGAUAAAGACGAUGUUCUCAAACAUAGAGUAUACUUUCUAAGGCAUUCACUUCCAUAUAGGUUAUAUGGAACUCUCGUCGGCAACGAGCGUGUAUCAACGGACCAAACAGUAGAAAUGAUACUCCAGAACACCAUAGAAUCCCACGUCAAAGUGCCCGAAAACCUCAAAACCAUGUUCAGGUCGCAGAAAGACCUGCCAAAAGACAUGCUUGGACAUAGCCUGUUGCUGGGACUGACUUUUAUGGAUCUGUGUAUUUAUAAAAACCAGAAUAGCAUAGACAAGUUGAUGAGGCGGAAUGAUAGUUGAGUGUGAUCUAUGGUGCGUCGAUGUGAUUUGUGAGCGGUGAGUUUUGAUACGGUUAUAGGCGCACCACACAUGAUGGGCUGAAUUUAUGAUACUUCCAUACAAUAAUUAUUAAAUUAAAAAGAUAUAAUACUUGUCAUGAGGGCUCUUGAUAAAUAAAAAUAUUGUAAAUAUUUCGUGGAAGGGCCGCUUUUCCAUGAAAACAUGGCUACGAUCUUUAAAAUACCCCUACGUUAUAUAUAUUUAUUUAUUUAUUUUAUACCACGUCGGUGGCAAACAAGCAUACGGCCCGCCUGAUGGUAAGCAGUCUCCGUAGCCUAUGUACGCCUGCAACUCCAGAGGAGUUACAUGCGCGUUGCCUACCCUAAUAACCCUCCCUCUCCUCGUUGAGCUCUGGUAACCUUCUGGUAACCAGCAGGAACACAAUGCAGAAAAAAAAAUUUGAUGCCAUAAAUGCCUUACAAUGAUGUAGAUCAUUUUGGAAAAGCACCCCCAUAUGUUGUGCGGUGCGCUAAUACGCGGUGUUUUUUUAAGUCCGUUGAUUUCAAGCGUGCAUUCCUGAGCUUAAAUUAAGUAACUUUUUCAACGAAACCGAUAUUCUAAUAAACUCCAUUGUGAAGAUAAUCAAUGAUUUAUUUUUAUCUGAUAAGGUCCCUUUAAGCGUGUACAAGUGUACACAAGUGUACACAAGUGGAAGUGUAUGCAAGUGCUUUAGGGCCUGUUUACAAUAUUGAUUAGUGUUUAGUAUGAGUUUAUACAUUUGCUGCCAAACGCAAGUACUAUCUCGGACGAUCGAUAUUCGACCUGUCAUUGAUAUGUUACAGUUUUCAAUUGUUUGGUGAAUUUAAAUAUAAUGUCCGUGUUAUAACAACGCUAUUAAUUACUAAAAAAAAACUGCAAUAGGGAAUACACGAAACUCUGCGUAGGAGGCGCCACUACCACAAUCCAUCACAAUCUGAGGGUCUACCGCGAAACAAGAAAAUCGAAAUUCCGUUAUUGACCUCGCUAUCACUUUUGCAUAUUCGAGUGAUGAAGAGGUAGAUAACUAAAUUUCGAUUUUCGCGUUUCCCGGUAGGCCCUUUGUAAACAAACCGCUUUGAUGCAUCAAUGUCAUAUUUUAUUAUCUGUGAAAACUAGUCAAAAACAGUUUAAGGUACAGUAUGUAUAAGUUACUCUAUGGUUUAUGAAAGGUGCUAGUGCUGCACUCUAGCGGCAGAACAUUGCAGUAAAAUUCCCUAUUCAGUUUCCCUAAAUGUACUUAGUCGUACUCCAUAAUGAACGGAGUUAAAAAAAAAACACAUCGAUGUAAAAAACACCGUGUACUUAAGCGUGUUGAGUUGAGUCGGUUAGUAUAGACAAAAUACCCAAGUAGUCGACAUCAGUGGUUUUUACAGUUGCACUAGAUGGCGCUGCACGGCGCAAUAUGAUUUUCGUUGGGACUGGAUUGUCAACGGUUAGCGCUUGUUAAAAUAGUUACCUCGGAAUAUAGUGCAGCUGUAUAGCGACACCUAGUUUAACUAUAUGUGGACGUUAUUUAAUAGGAAAAACUUAAUAAAGUGGAAACAUAAACACA